AUCAACACCAGCGAAGUGUCGACUGGGGUCGCGAUACGCGCCAACCCAUCGUCAACAAUCUGCAAACUCCUGCUGCUGUUGGAAUGAUGCAAUCCUGGCGGCGGCCAGGCUGCCUGACCAUUAGGAAGAGUCAUAUUGGGCCCCGAGCGAUGAAAGCGACAGCAGGGCCCCUUUCGCCAUGCGCCAACAAAUGCGCUCGCGUGCGGCCGGACCGGGAGCGAAUGAGGACCUCAAGACAACAUGGGCCAAAGGAGAAGCAUCGAUAUAGAUGGAAGCCAGAAAAUCGCGACGAACGGAGAUGACUUGGCCGAGUUUCGAUGGAUCGCGAUCGCCUGGUUUGUCUGCGGAUCGAGAGAUGAGGUUGAGGAUUUGGGAGGCUUGUACGUAUGGGGAACCCUUCCCCAAAGCGGAGACUUUGCACUGGGUCACUGUUCGGCGGCAGCUGGGCCCGGUGGUACCAGCACGCUAUGGGGCGCUUUACCGGACUCUUGGAGCAGGGCGACGCAAGAGGUUAUGCUGCAUGAAAAUAUCGAUAAGGCUUGCUUUGCUUUGACAGGCUCUAUGCAUGCCGCUGCAAUGAUUGCUUGCUGGUUAUUGGGAGCAUGGGCCUACGUCGUGCGUGUACAUCUCGCGGAUAGAGGCAUGAGCAUUACGAAGUACUUCCACCCGUACUGUGCCAGUGUAGUGUUUUUCUUGCCUUAGUAAGGCUCUGUAGUAAGGGACAACCUGGAACCUUUUUUUUCCCCAGCCAAGUUCACUUACACGUGAGACCACAC